AUGCCGAACCACCACAUGGCUGACGAAAAGCCUGAGGCUGUGCCGUAUGGCUACGAGGAGAAUCAAGUUGGCUUCGAAGAGCCAUUCGUCCACGGCGCUGCUACUGUUGGAGGUGAGACUGGACGAGGAGGAGAUACACACCGUGGUUUGAAGAGUCGACACAUCCAAUUCCUCGCGCUAGGCGGUGCUAUCGGAACUGGCCUGUUCAUCGGAUCUGGAUCUAUUCUUGCUCUAGUCGGUCCCGCUCCACUCUUCAUGGCCUAUCUCAGUAUGAUGCUUGUCGUCUACAAUGUCAUGAACAACUUGGCCGAAAUCGUUACCCUGCUUCCCAUGCGUGGUAUUACCAUCCCGUAUUUCAUUAAGCGGUUUGUAGACCCUAGUCUAGCAUUUGCCGCCGGAUGGAACUACUGGUAUGCAUAUGCCAUUCUCGUUGCUGCCGAAGCCACAGCUGGAGCCAUCCUUCUGGAGUAUUGGGAGACGCCUGUUCACAACGCUGUCUGGAUUACCAUCUUUCUUGUGGUGGUUUUGUUCCUUAACAUUGUCGCAGUCGAGGUUUUCGGAGAAGCAGAGUUCUGGUUUGCCUCCAUCAAGUUCAUCACCAUUAUAGGCCUAGUAAUUCUGGGCUUUGUUAUCAUGUUAGGUGGUAGUCCUAAUGAUCAAGGCCGACUUGGAUUCAGAUAUUGGAACAACCCGGGUGCUUUCAAACCAUAUAUAGUGGAAGGGAAUUCCGGUCGUUUCCUGGCAUACUGGACUGCUUUCGUUCGCGCUGGUUUUGCCUUCAUCACAUCGCCUGAACUGAUUGCACUUGCUGCAGGAGAGACCAUCGCCCCUCGCCGUAACAUCCCCAAGGCUGCUGGCCGCUUUGUUUACCGUCUGGCCAUCUUCUACGGUUUGGGAAGCUUCAUCAUCGGAGUCAUCGUUCCAUCAGAUGAUGACCGUCUCCUCAGCGGUAGCUCCAACGCUUCGGCCUCACCCUUCGUUAUUGGUAUCCAGCGAGCAGGCAUCCAGGGCCUGAACCACGUUGUUAACGCGGCUGUCUUGACAUCAGCCUGGUCUGCCGGAAACGCUUUCCUGUUCUCUGGAUCCCGUGUUUUGUACGGUAUGGCUCUCAACGGAGAAGCACCAAAGGUCUUCGGCAGGACAAGCAAGAAAGGAGUGCCAUACGUGGCUGUCCUAGCUACUUGGGCCAUAGGUCUUCUUGCUUAUCUCAACGUCUCCAAUACUGGUGCGCAAGUCUUCCUGUGGUUCUCAAACAUCUCCACAAUCUCCGGUUUCAUCGCCUGGAUUGUUGUUAUGAUCACCUAUAUCCGCUUCCGCAAGGCCUUGAUAUUCAACAACUUGCUCGAGUCGCUUCCUUACCGUACGCCAUUCCAGCCAUACCUCACAUAUUUUAUCCUUGGUGUUGUCUCGCUCCUGACUCUCACGAACGGAUUUCAAGUCUUUGUGCCAGCCAACUGGUCCGUAUCCGAUUUCUUGGCCGCCUACAUCACUAUCCCCAUUUUCUUCGUUCUUUACGCCGGCCACAAGAUCUACUUCAGAACCGCCUUCGCGAUAAAGGUUGAGAACAUUGAUGUUACGACUGGUGUGCGGGAGAUGAAUGAGCUGUGCAAGGACGAUAUCUCUGGUGCGCCUAUACCGAAGAAUGUCUGGCAGAAGAUCUGGUACUGGAUUGCAUAG